CUCGCGGGAAGCCGCCUCCCCCCCUCCCUCCGCUGCGCCGUUGCUAGGAGCGCGGAGAUCUCGCGAGAGCUGCUGUGGCGGCGGCGGCGGCCAAGAUGGCGGACGGGGCGGGUAGCAACGGGGACGCCGCGGCGCUGCCGGUGGGCAGGGAGGCAGUGGAGCGGCUGAUCCGGGAGAACGGGCACAUCUUCACCGAGGCGCAGUGCAAGGUGUGCAGCGCGCUGCUCAUCUCCGAGUCGCAGAGGUUGGCGCAUUACCAGAGCAAGAAGCACGCCAACAAGGUGCGGCGCUACCUGUCCAUCCACGGCGAGGAGGAGCUGGCGCCCGGCAAGAGGAUGAAGGUGGACGCCAAGCAGGAGAGCAAGCAGGAAGGCAGCAACGGGGAGGACAGGAACAAGUGCUGCCCCAUCUGUAACAUGACCUUCUCCUCUCCGGCGGUGGCGACGUCUCACUACCUGGGGAAGACGCACGCCAAGAACGUGAAGCAGCAGUCCCCCAAAGCAGAAGAAGUAACACCUCCACAGAAACAUCCUGCUGCCCUCCCCACCUCUGCCGCGUCUCCUAACGAAGAGAACAAGGACAUUAUUGACCCCGACAAGUUCUGUACCCUCUGCCACGCCACAUUCAACAACCCCCUUAUGGCAAAACAGCAUUACGUAGGCAAGAAGCACAGAAAGCAAGAGACCAAACACAAGCUGAUGGCACACUACGGCCGAACUCCUGAUGCACCGGCGGCGUCCUUUAUGGCCGGGAAGGGGUACCCCUGCAACACCUGUAACAUAGUGCUGAACUCCAUAGAGCAGUACCAGGCUCACAUCAGUGGCUUCAAACACAAGAACCAGAUGCCAGGAGCAGUGCCGGUUGUAGGACCGUUCCCCCCCCAGCAGUACGUCCGGGAAGAGUCGACUGCCCCGGGAGGCUACAGCUACUUCAGCCAAGACUUCUAGAGCGAGCUGCAGCACUGCUCUCGGCGUUGUGUUGGUGGCCCAAGAACGCACGUCCUUUGCCAGCCCACAAUGGUUUCAUUAUCCCUCUGGAUAAGCAAAGCCCUACCCUCCUGUAUGCACCCGUUGAGCAGAACGGGGACUGAAGCUGUCCGAAAAAGGAUCCAGCUGGAAGAGACUUGGUAGACAGCAAAUACUUCACUCCCUUAGAGUAGUUUUCAUUGUGUAAUUGCUUCCUGUGAAGGUGGGUGCGGUGUGCGAGGAAGUGUGUAUCUGGUAUAAGGAGGGGCUGGCAACAGGCUGGCAACGGCCACCUCCUCCCUCACCAGAGCAAGCGGCGGGUUCCUGCACCUGGAAGGCCAGCAGCCCGCGCUCGGAGGCGUCUUUUGCUGGAGGAGAACUCCUAGAUCGCAGCAAGCAGCGCUCACGCGGCACGGAUGGGGACGCUGUGCGGGCUGCCUGGCUUCUUACAGGCCCAAAAUGAAAAGUGACAGCGUAGCAUCCAUCCUGCCUCCUCCGGGCAGGUUCGUGUGCAGAUUUUCCUGAGCCACCAAAUGCCGUUGGAGCCUUUCGCAGCACUGCAGCCGUUGGUUCUGGAGCUCUGUUGUCUCGGUGUCUAACAAGUCGUCACGAUUGCUGGUGUACAGCUUGCUGCUGGUGGGAGUGGGGGCUGAGAGAGGAGCGGGAGCUCUUGGCUCUGCAGGCAGCUCAGCCCUCUGCUCCGAGGAUUUCCAUGUGGAAGGAAGGAACUGUUUAGCCUGGUUUCCUAUGGAAACAGGUGUAUGUGAUGAUUCACCGUGUGUGUCUUUACCCCCUGUAACUUAAACAAAUUGCAGCCAAACUUGGCGCUGGUGGCGAUCUCCAAGGUCUGAAUGCGAUCAGCAGGCGAAGGGUGAGCAGAGCGAGUUCGCUUCACGUGCAGGCCCUGACAGAGUUUAAGUGCAGCAUUUUCCCUACUGCCAGCAAAAUAUUAUGGGAAAAGAGAAUUUUAAGAAAAAGAAAAAAGAAAAAAAGAGGAAACGAAUCUAGAUACAAUAGAAGACCGUAGUAUAACUUGGUCAAAUUGUUAGCUGACUAAAAAACUACAAAUCCCCUGGAAACCUGCCCCUGUUAGUCCUUCCUUAGACACUCCUUGCCCGAGCCCUCUCCUCAAAGCUCUUACGUACUCGUCCCAGCCUGGAGAGGGGCCGUUCUGUAUUUCAAACCCAGGAGUUCAGGCUGAUGGUCCCUUCGUGGUGCUAAUGUACUAGAUCUGUUAGAAAAGCCCCCGGCAGGAAGGGCAGGCAUCUGAGACUGUUGUGUGUUUUGGGUGAGCUCUUUAGAUGUUUUGUCCUUGAGGUAAGGCAUUGUCUGUGCUCCGCCAGCCCACCACGAGAGCCGUGUGUGUCGGGCUGGCCUCGUGUUCGCUGCCAGCGCUCCAAGUCAGACACUCGGCGGCUUCAUCCCAGCUUCAGUGCCUCUGAGGAGCUGAAACUUCACUAGCCCGUGGCAAACACCCUGUUUUUGUCCUUCCCUGGGGCAGAAGGAUGGGCAUCUGGCCCCUUCUGGGGCUCAGCAGGGCUGGCAGAGCAGGGUGGGCUGAGCAGAGCCGCAGCAGCUGCAGUGGGGCAGGCUGGGGCCCUGCGCUCCCUGCGCUGCGUUCCAGGGGGAGCAGCUGCCGCCCUCGUGAGGCUGAGAGCCAGGCCGUGCAGGCACUUCCAAAAUCCAGCAUGCGCCAGGCAGGUUAAGCAAGGAGAGAGCUGGCUGCUGAUCUCUGCCUUCCCCUCCCCGCUCCAGGCUGUGCACAAGCUUUGUUCGCCUUCGCCCUGCGCGGGGUCUGCCACCUUCCCUUAGGACAGGCUCCUGCUGGUCUGGGUUCGCCUUCCUGACGUUUUCCACUCUUGUUCUACCGCUGAGGUCUGACCUUCGCCUCCUGCUCGAGAGGGAGGCUCUGCUAAACCUCGCAGGCCGAUCAACGAGCAGAAAAUUGAGCUGAAGGAAGCGUCGUGUGCUGGGUGGCCUCCAACACCGAUCUCCGCUGCUUAGCUCUCGCCUCGCCGUGUGAGUGCAGGUGCCUGCUGGAUGUGCUGUGCGCUGACACCACGAGGGAUCCAUUUCCAGCACUGCCCAGCCCGGUGUGUCACUGCGCUGUGUUCCCACAGUUUUGCCUCCCCCUGUACACGAUGUUUAUGUAUCUGCUGUUUCCCUGAGGUGAAGCUCUCCAAAUAGAGUGUUUAUUACUACU